UUUGAAAUUUUCUACUUUGUCAGCGAGCGGUUUUUGUACUUUUUUUUAAAAAAUAAAUUUUGUAUUUUGUAUAUUAAUAUAAACAAUGCUGUUGAAAGUAAUUUUAAUAAGUAUAUUAUGUAUAAAAUCAAUCCAUAACUUAAAAAGUGGAUGUGGUUGUACAAGCAGCCGUGAAACAACGGAGCAUUUCAGUGAAGAGACCAACAAUGUUUUGCCAAAUGAACAAUGUCCUUUCGAAAACCGAUAUAUUAAUCGUAUCGAUGCAAAUUCCAAGGAAACCACAGAAAUGAUUUUUAUACCGGCAGGCGCCUACCAGUUUGGUACCGACGACAUAGUUAUUGAAGGUGAUAGAGAAGGUCCAAAGAGAUUACUCCAACUAAAAAGUUUUUAUUUGGACAAAUACGAAGUUUCCAACAGGGAUUUUGAAUAUUUUACUAAAUUAACAAACUAUAAGACUGAAGCAGAGACAUUUGGUGAUAGUUUUGUGUUUACACUGUUUUUAAACAGCACAUUUAGGGAACAGCUAAAAGAUUUCCGUGUCGUACAGGCGCCGUGGUGGUAUAAAGUGGCUGGUACAAACUGGAGGCAUCCAUAUGGACCUGAUUCAGAUAUAUCAGAGUUAAUGGAUCACCCAGUAAUACAUGUAUCUUGGAAUGAUGCCACUGCUUACUGCAAGUGGAGGGAGGCGAGGUUACCUACUGAAUCAGAAUGGGAAGCUGCAUGUAGAGGAGAUCACCAUAACUUUACAUAUCCAUGGGGUGAUAAGCUAUUUCCAAACAAGAAACAUAUGACAAACAUAUGGCAAGGAACAUUCCCAAACCACAAUUCAGUGAAGGAUGGUUACAUUGGCACAAACCCAGUGCAUUUGUUUCCACAAAAUGAUUUUGGCUUCCACAACAUGGCUGGCAAUGUAUGGGAGUGGACCGAAGAUUCUUGGUCAGAUGACAGUGUCAAAGAAAAAGUGAAGAAAGGUGGUUCAUACUUGUGCCACAGAUCAUAUUGCUACAGGUACCGAUGCUCUGCAAGAUCGCACAACACAGACGACAGCUCCGCCGGCAACUUAGGUUUCCGCUGUGCCAAAACUGCCUGAAAUCUCUGUCCAUAGAUAUAUUAAAACAUUUAUACGAAUUUCUACGUACAUUAGUACUUAAUUAGCUCUGUUUUAUUGAUGUGAAAAUCUCACUUGUAAGCGUAAUUUGUUAUUGUAAGUUAUUGCUGGUUGUAUUUACCGUAUACUAUUGUGUCUAGUCUUCCAUGUUAUACCUACUCGUAAAUAUAUAUACAUAAAUGUGUGUUUUAUAAAUUGUAUUUUAUUAAUAUCUUAAUGUUAAGAGCGCGCAGCGUGUCGGUACGAUAUAGAUAAAAUUAGAAGCGCAAGCGAGACGCCGAAUUAUGACUUUCACGUGAGUGAAAAGCACGGAGCGAUUGACGCGCGACGCAAAUUUUAUGACGUGAGCGCCAAAACCAUUUUUACCUAAUUGCAAGUAAAUUAAAAAACAUAACGAA